AGCGCGGCUGCCGCGGCCGCGGGGCACGGCACGGCGGGGCUGGGCACGGCAGGGCAGAGGAGCGCACGGUGCUCCGCUCCGCGCGGGUCUCCGCGCACCGCCCGCGGCACUGCGGCGACAAGAGGGAGAGGAGCCAAGCGGAGCCUGCAGAAAGAGCAGCAGUCUGCUAUACCUGUGAUCUACAAUGAAUGCCAAAUCUGCAAUCAGCAAAGAAAUUUUUGCCCCUCAUGAUGAAAGGAUGCUGGGAGCCGUUCAAGUGAAAAGAAGGACAAAAAAAAAGAUUCCUUUCCUAGCUACUGGGGGUCAGGGUGAAUAUUUAACAUACAUCUGCCUGUCAGUGACGAAUAAGAAACCAGCUCAAGCAUCUAUAACAAAGGUGAAGCAAUUUGAAGGCUCUACAUCCUUUGUCAGGAGAACACAGUGGAUGCUCGAGCAGCUUCGCCAGGUCAACGGUAUAGACCCUAAUCGGGAUUCCCCAGAAUUCGAUUUACUAUUUGAAAAUGCUUUUGACCAGUGGGUAGCAAGCACAGCUUCAGAAAAAUGCACAUUCUUUCAGGUUCUACAUCACACUUGUCAGCGAUACCUUACAGAUAAGAAACCAGAAUUUAUCAACUGCCAAUCUAAAAUUAUGGGAGGAAAUAGUAUACUCCAUUCAGCAGCAGACAGUGUGACAAGUGCAGUACAGAAGGCAAGCCAGGCCUUGAAUGAGCGUGGUGAAAGGCUAGGUCGUGCAGAAGAAAAGACAGAGGAGCUGAAAAACAGUGCUCAGCAGUUUGCAGAAACUGCACAUAAGCUUGCCAUGAAGCACAAAUGCUGAGAUACUGCCCAAAGUUGAAAUCUUCCCAAGAGAAACUGAAAAGACUACAUACAGCAACUUUUACAGGAGAUCCACUCUUCUGUGUGCUCUUUCCUUCCAGUUCAGUGGAGAUGCGUUCUUUCAGUUUCUGUGCAGGAAGAAGUGUUGCAUUUCUGCCUUUCUGACUUACUUGUUUUCCUCUUUUGUAAUAUUGCUACAAAGUCCUGCAGUACUUUCUACCUGUAUUUCAGUUGUUACAGGAGUGAAAGCAGGGGAACUGGACCAAAUGACAACCUGAUCAGGAUUAAAAUAGUAAUAUUCUUCCCUGGUUGUACAAAAUUACUGAACUGAUUGUGAACAUGCUUGUGAAAAUAAAAUCCAAAGAAGAGGUAUAAUUUUCUUCAUUUUAUGUAGCAUCAGCAGAAUGUGAAUGUUGGAAUUAAGCACCUGGGGUUGUAGCUAUAGUGGAGAAUAGACUGCUUUGUUCUGGAAAACAGAAAAACUUGUUUCUUCUAUACAGUGUAGGAAGUGUUGUGUGUGCACCAGCAUUCAGAAGUGCAUAUCUGAGUUUCAUUCGUAUCGGCAUUUUACAUGUUUCAAUUUUCCCUUCCAGACUGAUUAUUUGAAUUGUAUACUGAAACCUAAAGAAUGUAUGCUUGAGGUUUCAAAAUUGAGGAAAAAGUAAGUUUUACAUCUAUACGCACAUAGCUGUGCCUCAGACAUGAUCUAGAAUUUAGCAAUCUGUUAUAAAAUAACAUUUAUUUUUACCUGUGAUUCUGUGGCUAAAGGCCUGGGAAAAUGAGAAUGCACUAUUUUCAAGACAUCUGUUUUUCAUAAAUUCUACAGUAAGAGGUUUUUUUGGAACAAUUCAGAGAUUUGUCUGAUUAGAAAUACAUUUGUGUUAGCUAGUUGUCUGACUUUUAAUAUAGAGGCUUUCAAAAAGCAUGUCUUGGUACAUUAGAAUCAACUUCUAGAUUGGGUCUCAGCUUCCAGUGUGCUGUCACUGGAAGAGUGACUCUACUUUGUUCUGUAUUCAUUAUAUGCAAUAUAUGCACAGUAUUCUCUUACAAAAAUAAGUAGAUUACUCUUUUCCUUCAUAGCUGUUUUCUUGAAAUUUUUAGGAUGUCCUAAUAUGCUUUGAGAAUGAAAAAAAAAAAAAAAAAAGAAAAAAGGAAAAAAAGAUGCUGUUUUUUCUUUUUUAAAACUGGUAAGCUAGAAAAGAAAUCCUGGCAGAAGAUACAGUCUUCAUCUUCUGAAAAUGGCUGCUCUUCAUUUUUGUGUCUUACCAGAAAAGCUGGCAUUGUAUGAAUGUACUGUAUUCAUUGUAGAAUAAGAUUUUUGCAUUAUUAAUGACACAUAACAGUCUGAAAUCCUCAAAGCAGUGCUUGUAAGAGAGAUAAAAGCUACUGUAGUACUUGAGAAUGUUUUAGUUACUGCAAGCUGAAAUAACUGAAAAUCUCUUGGAAAUACCCUUUUUGUAAAAAUAUGCUUGGUUUUAGGAAAAUAUUCUCAUUCAAACUUAGCUGAUUGCAUUCAAAUUUUACAUCUGGGGUUUUUUUCCUGUAAUUUAAACGGGUUUGUAUGAAGCUUUUUAUUUAAUUUCACACUGGGUAUUGAGAGAAUGGGUCAUCUGUGUAGUACCAUAUGAUCAUUUAGAUCUAUUUAGCACCAGCUCCACUUGUUACCAAAUCUAGAACUAUCAAGUGAAAUGGAAUUUGGCCACUUCUAUUAUAAAUCAGAACAGGUUCAUUAACUACACAAGUUUUGAACACUGUUGAGUUAUGUAUAAUUAAUACCCUGGAAAUGUUUGAACACUGUUGUAAUGACUAUGGGUAUUUCUGCAAAUUAACCAGGAAAACAGUACCUCAUGAGAAAUUAAACUUCUGCUAGGUACAAAAUGUUAGGCAAUUAAAGAAAAAAAAAAUUUUGAUUAGAAAUCAGUGAGGGAGUACAUUUUUGACCACAUAGCUAACUUCUGUCAUCAUAUUUUCCAGUCUUUUUUUACCUAUAUUCUGCUGCUAACCUCACAAGUCUUGAGAGGAAAAACGAGUAGGUUUGGAACUGCUGCCAUCUAGCUGGUCUUCUAAGCUUGCAAAUAAUUAGAAGAAAUGUCUAGAACCCAGGUCAGAUAGACUUGAAAAGAAUUAGCUGUCUAAAUUCAAAUGGAAAGGCAUAGAUUUUCAAGUGUUUACAUGAAUAUCAGCUGGACAGGACAAGGCCACAGUUGCACUGCUAAGUUCCAGACCGUUUGUACUAAAACAUUGCUUUAGUCCCACUGACAGUUCUUCAGCAUUUUUUAUUUUUUUGUAUGCUCCAGUUAGGUGUAUUGUUUUUUGUCAUAACUCAGGACUUUAAUCCAACCAUCAAAAGCCAUUUACUAUGAGAAUUCUAAGUGACUUAGUGUUCUUGAAUUAAGGAAAAGUGGUUUGUCUGUUUACUUUGUUCUUGCUGUUCAUUAAACUACAAGAUUUGGUAGUUUUUAGAAAAAAAUCAAGGUGUAUAAAUGUUUAUCCAAAGGUAAAUCUUAAGCAUUGCAAUUUCCUUCUGGAACUUAGCUUGUAGUGUAUACAACGUAGUAUCAUUAGAUAGUCAUGUACAUAACAUAUACUAUGAUUCAGGUUAAUGUUUCAUAUGAAAGAAUGUAUUUGUAAAUUGUAAGAAUAUUAGUAGUUUCUUUAUCUUUUUAAAGUUCUGAACAGAAUAAAAAUAAUGUAUUAUUAGACUUGACUGCUGUACAGCAAACUGUCUUAAAAGGCUACUUUUGUGUCUAGCAAAAGUUGUGCAUUAUGUGAUAUAUUAACAAAAAUGUACUCUAAAAAUUGAUCUUAAAGGUAGGUAGAUUUUGCUGUGAUUUGCCAGAAUUGUAAUACUUGCUGGUAUAUAUUGUAACCAAUUCCUUGAAAGUUCUCAAAGAUGUAGAAAUUUUGUGCCAUCCUGGGUGAAAAAAAAAAGUGGGACCUGCUCUCUUGAGUCACUACUGGAAACCCUGAUUUUUGUCAUUAAAUACUUCAACUGUGAUGAAAACAAAACUGUCCUUGGACUGAGUUUUCUAUUCAAAAUAUUUAUUUGUAAAUGACAUUUUUCAUUCUAGCAGAAUUAUGUUACAUUCUAGCAAAACUGAAUAAAGAUUAGUUUUCACUGUAAUGAUGAAAAUUUUCUCUAGAAUACUGUAAUUAAAAAAGAAGUAGUGGAAACUAGGUUGAAGCAUUGCAUGUCCAAGCAAAUUCCAGGCAAUAAUUAACACAGAUUAAAGUUAGCACCCUACCUAAAGGCUGUAUAGGUUAAAAAGAAUUAUUUUAAUUUAUUUUCAAUUUGCUAUGAAAUACUUAUUCUCAAGUUGUUAAUGUUUUCUUUUGGCCAUCUAAUUUUAUUGAUAAUUUUUUAUCAAAGCACAAGCAUUUUUAAUUUCCCUGCGAGAAUAAAAGGUAGAAUUCUUCUAUAAAUAAAGAGGCAAUCCCUUAGAUUUGUAUGAGGUCUACUUGCGGAAUAAUCUUAUCUGAUAUGAACUGACUUUGCUGCCAUCUCUUUUUUCAUACUUUAAUGUGAUUCCUGUGUUCCUAACCUCAAAAAUGUCUCAUUGACAAAUAUUACCAACUAGUUAAAUUACUGUAGAUACUAGGUAAGUUUUGCUAGAAUGCAUGUUAUCCAUCAGUGUUGAAUGCCAUAUAUGCCUAAUGCCCAAACUUUAUGAACAUUUCAUUAAAAUAAAUAGAUCUCUGGUGGAUCAGAAACUAAUUUGAUCAGACAGCAUUUUGUUGUAGGUUGAACAUAACUGUUUGGCAGUUCUUUUCCAUUGUUAUUGUACAUUUAUCCUAUAAGACAGAAUGAUAACAUUUUUGGUUCAUUUUCUGAACUUUUUUUUAGAUCAAUUUCACUGUGAUGUCAUUGUUUUAUUGAUGUUAUGAUUUUCAUAAAUCAUUAUCACCCUAA